AGUAUCGCUGAUCAUUGUUCACACCAGAUAUGGAAUACUGACACAUCACUUGUUUCGGAUUCCAUUCGACUGUACAAGACGAAAAUGGAAUUGGAAGUGUUGCGGUACGCUAACCGCAUCAGCAGUGCGGCCCAUCGCCACCUGAUGCGUUGUGUCAAACCGGGAAUGCACGAAUUCGAGGCGGAAAGCAUCUUUUUACACUACUGUUACUUUCAUGGCGGCAUGCGUCACGUGGCGUACACGUGUAUUGGAGCCAGUGGAUGCAAUUGUGCUGUCCUUCAUUACGGUCAUGCGGGAUCUCCGAACGAGCGUCUGAUGCGAGACGGAGACAUGUGCCUGUUUGAUAUGGGUGGGGAAUACUAUUGCUACACAUCAGAUAUCACCUGUUCUUAUCCGGUUAAUGGACGAUUCACGGAAGAUCAGAAAAUUGUCUACGAGGCCGUGCUCGCAGCGUCCAGAGCCGUUUUAAAAGAAGCAAAACCGGGAGCCAAUUGGGUCGAGUUGCAUUUGCUGGCGGAACGACAAAUCCUGUCUCGCUUGACACAAGCCGGAUUGCUUCGUGGUGAUUUGGAGAAAAUGAUGGAAGUGCGACUCGGCGCUGUAUUCAUGCCUCAUGGAUUGGGUCAUUUCAUAGGAUGUGAUGUGCACGACGUUGGUGGCUACACCUUGGAUUCCCCGACACGACCAGCCGCGGUAGGAUUGCGCAAUUUGCGCACGGCUCGCAUUCUGGAACCGAACAUGGUAAUCACCGUGGAACCUGGGUGCUAUUUCAUAGAUCAACUAUUAGACGAGGCAUUGCAAUCGCCCCAAAUGAGUCCAUUUCUCAUCCCCGAAGUGUUGCAACGAUUCCGAAAGUUUGGCGGAGUCCGUAUCGAGGACAAUAUUGCGAUAACCGAAACAGGAAACGAACUGCUCACCGAUGUGCCUCGAACAGUGGAGGAAAUUGAAAAGUGGAUGGCCUCACCGAAGGAUACUCGAGGUUGGGAUACAGAACAUAGGGAAAAAUACUUAACUGUUAGAAUGGAAGAUCAAAAAUAA